AAACAAAGCACAUUUUUCCACCAUCACCAGUUGUAUUCCUUGAUAAAGCAUAGUACAGAGUCAAGAUAUCUAAGCCGAUGCAACAUCCCGACCAUAAUCUCCGCAAAGCGCCAGUCAUUAAAAGUUGCAAUACUUCCACACCAGUGGAAAAAACCUCCCUAG